AUGUCCAACAAAUCAGCCAUCCUCCCCACCCCCAACUCCCAGCUCCAAAUUCUCGACGCACCAUACCCCGCCCUCACCCCAGACAGACUCAUCGUCCGCGUCCACGCCAUCGCAAUCAACCCCGUCGAUCUUGUGAUCCAAAAACAAAGUCCAAAUAUCUUCCCGCAUCUGGAGUACCCUAUAACUCUUGGAUUUGAUGUCGCAGGCGAGGUCGUUUCUGUUGGAGAGCAGAUCUCGAGGUUUAAAACUGGAGAUCGCGUGUUCGGUCUCGCAGGGGGUGUAUUGACGAAUAUCCGUCAAGAACAAGGGUUUCAAAAUUACGUUGUGAUGAGAGAAGUGGUUACUGCAAAGAUCCCAGAGAAGAUGUCGUAUACUCAGGCGGUGGUCCUGCCGUUGGGGUUGUCGACUGUUGCGUCGGGGAUGUUUCAGGAUGAUUAUUUGGGGAUGAGAUGGCCUGUUCUAAGUGCAGGGGGUGGGAAUGAGAAUGAGAUUGAGAUUGAGAAGAGAGAAGAGACGGUGUUAAUAUGGGGCGGUGCGAGCAGUCUAGGAUGCAAUGCUAUCCAACUGGCGCAUGCAGCUGGCUAUGAAGUGGUGACUACGGCAUCGGAGAAGAACUUCGAACUGGUUAGAUCGCUCGGCGCAGACCAUGUCGUUGACUAUCAUGCUGCCUCAGCAGUAGAUGACCUGGUGGAUUUCCUACAAAACCGGAAAUGUAGUGGUGCGUUGGCGAUUGCACCCGGAUCGGUGGAGAAAUGUCUAGAUAUCCUGCAGCGCAGUGGGAGUAGACCCUUCGUAGCGAGUGCGUCACUCCCCCCUGCUGGUAUCAGUGAGGACAAGGCCAAGUUCAUCUGGGGGGGUUCCCUCGCGCGAAAUGAGGUUGGGCCCGCUAUCUGGGAGAGAUAUAUCACACAGGCGAUGGAGAGAGGAGUGUUUGUUCCCAUGCCCAGGGCGAGAGUCGUCGGGGAGGGAUUAGAGAGUUUGCAGAUGGCGAUGGAUACAUAG